CUUCUUGUUGACCUAAACUAAUCUAAUUCCUCAUAGUUUCUAGGUGGUUGGGUUGUUGGUCUUCAUACCCUUUGUUUGAAUUUUGAUGUUAACAGUCCAUUGACUUGGUAUUCCAUCUCUGAUUCUAUGUUCAGAUUUGAAGUUUUCAGUCCACAAAAUCAUCUGUUUUGUUUUUUUCUUAUAGGUGUUGGGUUGAUCAACUCAACUAAGUCUUUGUCUUUUUCCUUUUUAAAGUAUUUUCAUUCCUUUGUUUAAUCUGUUUCGAUUUCUUCACUGGUUGCCGGUCUAAUGUGGUUUCUUUGAGCUUUGUUCCUUCCUUUUUUUAAUACUGUUGGUGUUUCCUUGUGUUGAUGGUUAACCCAAUGUAACUGUGAUCUUGACCAACAACCUCCAACAGAAUGGGGCUCAGUGGAAGAGAGGGCUUUUUUGAUUCUGUGAAGGAAGGUUCGUCUUCAUCUGCAAAAAAGAAGAAGAAGAACACAUGUUGUCAAACCAGAGUAAGAGCUGAUCGGAUGGGUCCUGAGGCAGCUGCUGUUUUCCCUGAAUCAGAAGUGAUAGAAGAUGACUGUGAUCUUGGUAAGCGGCUUGAUGAGGAGAGUUGCAAUGGUGAAAAUGAGAGUUUGUGGUUGUCUUCGGAUUGCUACUCACCAUCAUCCUUUUUUUCUGAGUAUAGAUUGUAUGAUUGGCCUCCCUUAUCUUUUGAUGAAUGGAUGAUUUCAUGGCUACAAGUAUCAAGGCAGGUCUGGUUUUCUUCGGGGAAAGGCAUCGGUUUCUUUGAUGGGUCUAGGAUAAAUCCUAUAGAAGAGGCUUGUUUGGUUCUUGAGAAAAACUUACCGGACGCAGAAAAAAUUUUGCAGGAAGAUUUGGAAGAAGAAGAGGUGGUCACUUGGCUGCUGAGCACAACAGAAAAUGAUGUAGCUGAUUCUUCCUCUGUAAUCUUUUCUGAGAGUUCUGUGUCUUCCUUUGAGGAAUCUGCAGGUUCUGAAAGUCCUUCAACCCCUCUCAUCACCCAUCUAAAACCAAGUUUUCGGGGUUUGGAUUUGGACAGAACAGGCUUUUGGGUGUCAUUAGUGGAUCUAGAUGGGGAAGAUUUCAAGUGGAUUUCAGAUUCAGGGUCAGUUUUGGAUUCACUCCAAUCAUCUGAUUUUCCUAGCCCAUCCUACAAGACCAUAUCGAGUUCUGGUGGUUCAGUAGCUGAGGACUCGGAGGAUUUCAACACAGAUGAGCUGCUUUUCUGGCCAUUCGAACAGAAACCCGAUUGGAGUUCUGGAAACUGGGAUUGCUUCUCCAUGUCACCGCGCAAGAACAGCUACCUGACAAAUGCUGCAUCAGGACCCCAUAACAGGAAAACCGACCCAAAUGAAGUGAGCAGAAGACUUGUGUUCACUUCAGGAUCAACAGCUUCAAAGAUCCUGGAAUGGAAGCAAAGAAGCAACAAGAAGGGUGUCUGGAGGACCAGCGCCGCGCCUUCAAGUUUGAGCAAACCAGCCAAAACUUCCAAGGAAACAGUGCCUUCAGAUUCAGACAACAAUAUUAUAGAGCCAGAAGAAAAAGUUCUCAAUCAGAUUUUCCUGGAGGAGUUUGCAUCAAAUGAAGAACUUCCUAUUGAGACAUUGUUAGGCCUUGAUGAGUUUGAUGGCCAUGAGGGGGUCGAUUUGGAAUUCAACAAAGAUGAUUUCUUCCUCGACCAAGCUCCCUGAGCAUUUCCAUGGAGGAGAAUGGUUGUAAGACUUCUCAUUCUAUAGAGCUGUGUAUUUAUAGAGCCGAAAAUUUUCCGGUAGGACGAGAACACAAGUUAAAUAGACACAGACGAACAGUACACAAACCUUUAGUUUACUCAUAUUGCUAUGAAAAUUUGUAUCAAAAGUUCACUUGUUCUCAUUCUUCAAAAGUUAAAUUUUGCUGAUAUGAAGUGUUUUUCAAGUUUUUAGACUAUUCUUUUCUUAGUUUGUGGAAAAAGAGCCAUGGAAACCCCUAAGAAUCCCGGAAAACGUCAGAUGAAACAGAGAUGGUAACAAUGGUCAUCUUGAAUCUGAUGAAGCUCUAAGCAUUGCCCCUCAUUGCAAGAACUUCUUCCUAAGGGACCUUCACAAUUCAUCCCUAUGCUGCCGGCCAGAAUCAUACUGUCUCUCUUCUCCUUCAAGAACUUCAACUGUUACAUAGGGGGAUGUCAGCCAUUUCAGGGCAUCGUCAGUUGGGAAAAACCAAUACAUCCUUUCCAGAGGAUCUGCAAAUUAACACAAACCAAUGAAAACCUGAAAAAAAUCUCAAAAACCCAACAAGGAAAACAAAAUAUAUGUCUAAAACUAUCUGUAUGCUGCCAUUAUGAAUGCUGCAACUGCUAUAACAAGAACAACCAGUGAAGAUUUAACCCCAGGAAGCUUAUAAAGCAGCAAGAAAACAGCAGUUGGAAUGCUUCUAACCAAGAAAACAACCAGCAAGGGGCUGUGAAAAGGAACAGCUGCAUUGGGAGCUUGGUUUUGGAAGAAGAAGGUGAGUGUUGAGGUCACGAGGAUGGUGAAGAACACAAGUGAUUAAAUCCGGAAACAUGUGAAUGCCCCCAAGGGGAAUACACUGCCAUGGGAAA